AUGGUUAACUUACUUAAAAAAGAUGAGUCAAUAAAACCCUACGAUGGUUAUAAAUUAACUUUUUAUCCUGAUGAAUUUGCUUCACCAGGAGGAAAGAAUCAGAAAUUUCUCCAUAUUCAUGUCGUUGGUCAAGAAGGAGAGAUAAGAGUAUAUUUAAGAAAAAUUAAAGGAAAAAUUAACUUACAUAUUGAAAAUAAAAGAGGUAAUAUUCCUCAGCAUAAGCAAAGCAAGAUAAAAGAUUUUAUUAAUGAUUAUUAUAAUUUAAUUAUGACUAGAGUAGAAAAAGAAUUGAAAAAGGAAAUUAAUCAAGAAGUAAAUUCAAGAAUAAAAGGAGUAAAUUUUUCUCAACCUAAAAUUGUUGCUUGUCGAACAAGUAAAGAAAAAUUAACAGCCAAAUUAGAUGAUGGAAGAAAAGUAAAUGAGGUUUUACCAGUCCGAGUAUUAUCUAAAGGUUUGUUUUCUUCAUGUGAUGAAGAUAUGGAUAUGAAUGCAGGUGAAGAAAAAAGAGAAGAAAAAGUAACCGAUGAAAAUUUUAUUCGAAUGUUUGUGGAAAUAAGAGCAGAUAAAUGGAGCAGUUUCAUUAACACAAAGAGAAAAUUAUUAGAAGAAGAAGUUGUUUUAAUAUUUAAUGAAAAAGUUAUAAGCAAAAAAGACAUUGAGUAUAUUACUAAAAAAUCAAUUCCUUCUUCGUAUUUAGAAAAUAAUUUUCUUGCAAUACUACUCAAUAGAAAAGAUGCUGGUUUGAAUAUUCAGGCUAAAAAUUUGUGUCGCGAUAAUGAAGGUGAUGGAAUAAUU